ACAACGAGUCGCUUUGUGCUCUAUUUGACACGAAGAAGAGAUGACCGGGCAUAAACAUGGCGGCUGCCUUAGAUGAGGAAGAUAUCUCAAAUGAAGAUUAUUAUUCCCUUCUAAAUGUCAGAAGAGAGGCCACACAGGAGGAGCUGAAGGCGGCAUACAGGCGUCUGUGCAUGCUGUACCACCCCGACAAACACAGGGAUCCCGAGCUAAAGCGCCAAGCAGAUCGGCUUUUCAACAGUGUACAUGAAGCUUAUGAAGUGCUUAGUGACCCACAGACACGAGCGAUCUAUGAUAUCUAUGGCAAGAGAGGACUUGAUGUUGAAGGAUGGGAGGUGGUGGAGAGGAGAAGAAGCCCAGCAGAAAUCCGAGAGGAGUAUGAGCGGCUCCAGAGGGAGCGAGAGGAGAGAAGGCUUCAGCAAAGGACCAACCCAAAAGGAAUGAUAAGCGUUGGCAUUGAUGCCACAGACCUUUUCGACAGAUAUGAGGAGGACUUUGAGGAUAUGGUUGGAGGUGGACUUCCAUAUGUAGAAAUCAACAAGAUGCACAUAUCCCAGUCAAUAGAAGCUCCUCUAACAACCAGAGACACAGCCACUCUGUCUGGAUCCUUGUCCACCCACAAUGGAAAUGGAGGUGGAACCAUCAACUUGGCCCUCAGAAGAGUCACCUCUACGAGAGGGUGGGGCGAGGUGGAGUUAGGAGCUGGGGACGCUCACGGACCUCUCUUCGGAUUGAAACUAUUUCGCAAUUUGACGCCACGCUGUUUUGUGACUGCUCAAUGUGGACUUCAGUUUUCAUCACAAGGCGUGCGUCCUGGGGUGACCACGGUGCUUGCCCGUCACCUCGACAAGAACACUAUGGGUUAUCUUCAGUGGCGCUGGGGGAUCCAGUCGUCCAUGAAUACCAGCAUAGUGAGGGACACUAAGAGCAGCCAUUUCACUCUGGCGUGUCAGCUUGGCAUUCCACACACAUUUAUGAUGAUGAGCUACCAGUACAAGUUCCAGGAUGAAGACCAGACAAAGAUCAAGGGCUCAGUAAAGUCAGGUUUCUUCGGGACUGUAGUGGAGUAUGGAGCUGAGAGGAAGAUCAGUCGACACAGCGUGCUCGGGGCGACUGUCAGCGUCGGAGUGCCUCAAGGUGUCACUUUAAAAAUCAAACUGAACAGAGCCAGUCAGACCUAUUUCUUCCCCAUCCACCUAACGGACCAGCUCCUGCCUAGUGCGGUAUUUUACGCCACGGUUGGACCUUUGGUUUUCUACCUCGCCAUGCAGCAGCUUAUUAUUCGACCCUAUGUGCGGGCCCAGAAGGAACAAGAGUUGGAGAAGCAGAGGGAGAGCUCAGCCUCUAAUAUAGCCAGGAAGAAACAGGAGGCAGAGGCUGCGGUUUUGCUCAUGCAGGAGUCUGUGCGCAGGAUCAUUGAAGCUGAAGAGUCCAGAAUGGGCCUCAUCAUUCUCAACGCAUGGUACGGCAAAUUUGUCACGGACAACAGCCGAAAACACGAGAGGGCAAAGGUCAUUGAUGUGACUGUGCCACUGCAGUGUCUGGUGAAAGACUCCAAACUCAUCCUCACUGAGGCCUCAAAGUCGGGACUCCCUGGCUUCUAUGACCCCUGCGUCGGGGAGGAGAAGAGCCUCAAGGUGCUGUAUCAGUUCCGUGGAGUCAUGCAUCAAGUCUUGUCAGGAGACACAGAACCACUCAGGAUACCAAAGCAAUCUCACAGGAUCGAUGCAGACACAUAGGAGUUCCUCUGCUGCCCAAGACAACUCAUCUCUCCAAUGCUGGACAGAAGAUGGGAACGCUCAAUUUUAGAAACCAGAUGGAUUUUUGUCUUUGUUACUCAGAACCCAUAGAUUUAACUGCUUGUCUUUAUAUUCAUUUUAAACUUUCAAAGCAAAGUUAUUUCAUCACAGUCUAAGUUUAUUUAAAAAUAGAACAUUAUCAAGGGACAGGGUCCGGAGUCUGCAAAUGUGACAGCAAAAUGAAUGGUUACCACGGCGAUUGGAGUCUGCUAGCCCCUGUGGUACCCAUUUAUUUGGUAUGGCUUUGUUUGUUUCACACUGAGUUCUGUGUUGAGCAAAAACUUCAGUGCCUACUUGAUUGAAAAUAUGACAAAACCUCUGAUAACUUGCCAUAUUAUUAAAGAAUCUCUCUCAUGUUGAUCAAAUUAAACCAGUAUUUUACAG